GGAGAGUGAUCGUUCCCUUGUGUGUGUGCGCUGCACUUGUUGUAACCGGUGCGUCGGAUGCUUGAGAAAAGACGCUAUCCUGUAAAAGAAAGAGCAGAGGAUAUGAUAAGGAAUAAAGGUUUCGGAGCUAAAAUGAUGUGAUGUUUCUUAAAAAAUGAGAUUAUUCAUCCUGGGUUUGGCUGUAUCUGCUACAUGACAUACCAGGCAUGACCCUCUUACAGCACAGAUAAACCUGCAUCCUCCAGCCUUCAACCUCCUCCGGUUAUCACUCCAGCCACAGAACAUAAGAUGGACGAAAUCGAUUCUGUGAGGUUCAAGCCCUUGCCAGAAGAUUCAAAUGUCCCGUUGACGUACCCUGCUGACACCAUCAAUAUUGACGAUGGACGUUACAAUACGCUACGUGAAGAUCUGGAAGCAGAUGCUCGGGACUUUGAGGCUCCCACUUGGAGUUUAGCUGUUGACCAGCAAUACUUAAAAGACUAUUCCAAAGAGGACAUUAAAAGACAGGACGUAAUACACGAGCUGAUUCAGACAGAAAUAAACCACGUUCGGACGCUAAAGCUGGUUUUAGGCGUAUAUGUGCGGGAACUGCGUGAGAACCUGCAAAUGGACGAGACGCAGCUGGAAAGGCUCUUUCCGCAGGUGGAGAACCUGCUGCAAGUGCACCAGCUUUUCCUCGACCGCCUUAAACAGCGAAGAAUCGAUUCCUUGGAGCCAGGCAGUACCCAGAAUUACUGCAUCCACAAUAUUGGAGACAUUCUUAUCGCACAGUUCUCAGGUGAAAUAAGAGACAGACUUCAAUACUGCUAUGGAGUGUUCUGCAGUCACCACACCGAUGCAGUCAACUUCUACAAAGACUUAAUGCAAAACAACAAGAAGUUCCAGAAUUUAAUACGAAAAAUAUGUCAGCUGUCUAUCAUGCGGAGAUUAGGAAUACCAGAAAUUAUUCUCCUCAUAACACAGCGCAUCACAAAGUAUCCGGUUUUGUAUGAACGUGUAAUCAAAUACACUGAAGUUGACUCUGAGGAGCAUAGGGACCUGGUACGAGGUCUGGAACUGCUUAAAGACACCAUCUCCCAAGUUAAUUCUCAAGUUGACAAGUCUGAGAAAGCGGUACGGCUGAGGGACUUAAGCAGUAGACUGGAACCCAAGUCCCAGGUCAGGACGACCCAAGGGAGAGUGUUCCGCAGAGAGGACAUGCUACAGGGCCAGAGGAAACUUCUUCAUGAGGGCGCUCUCAAUUGGAGGAUAACUUCUAACAAAACCAAAGAUGUCCUUGUCUUGCUGUUGUCAGAUGUUUUGCUGCUGUUACUGGAGAAAGAUCAGAGGCUUACCUUUGCCUCUCUGGACGGUAAGCCUGCAGUGAUCUCACUACAGAAGCUCAUCAUCCGUGAUGUGGCUCAUGAUGAGAAGGCCUUGUUUCUAAUCUCAGCCUCCUCGGAAACACCAGAGAUGUACGAGUUUCACACCUCCUCCGGAGAGGAGCGCAAAACCUGGAGAGACCAAAUCUGGAAGGCCGUGGAACACUGUCCUGAGGAGGAAGAUGAGCCAGAAAAACUUCCUGAGAGGAUCCAGGACUAUCAAAGGUAUCUCUGUAUGCGUGAUGCCUUGAUAGAGCAGCUCCUUUUGGACAAACUGAAGUUAUUCUCCAGCAUCUCAGCCUAUGUGACAGGUGUUAACGACAUCUCACCAAGUGAGCGCCGUCUGCUGCGUGGGAAUGCAGCAGAGCCCAUGCAGGGGGAAAGACUCCUCGCCGGAGCCUUAAAAGAUGUGGAGAUUUUACAGACCUUGCUGGUAACAUGUGAGCCGGGCCAAACUCCUUCCUCUGGUGAGGGUAUGGAUCUGGUCCCACUAUCCAAGAGACCAGAUGCUUUCACAGGCUUUAACAGUGACAAUGCCUGCAUGCUGCCAGGAAAUGGUAUUGGGAGUUUAAUAGAAAGAAUGAGAGACAGAAGUCAAUGGGCCAACUUGGACCCUCAGCUCAGAGAGCUUUAUUCUGAUGAAAACCUGGAGCUGUCGGCAGAUGAGGAGAUAACUCCGCAGAGCUGGAAUGCAUUUCCUUUAGUCUUCCUUCCUAAAGCAGAGCUUUAUCACACUGUAACUAACUUGUCUCAGAAGCUUUACAGCCUACAGUCUGUCGUCCAGCAGCUAGAGAGCCACAUAGUGGUACAACGCGCCACUAUUGAGGAGCUGAUGGCCCGACCCCGGGGCAAUACUCUCUUGGAAAAGGAAAAGCAUCGGAACCUGGAAAAGCAGCGCGAGGAGAUGGCCCACUUCCAGCGGCUCCAGAAUCAGCAUCGACAGGAGCAGAUGCAGUGGGAGCAGGAGAGAGAGCGGCAGAGGGUGCAGGCGGAAGUCAAGGAGAAGGUGCUGAAGGAGAAAGAGCUGGGAUGCUACAAACUGGAAAAAAAGCUUGAAGAGGAAAAACAGGAACUGGCCAGGUGUAAAGCAGAAUAUCAGGAGGAUCUAGAGCGGCUCCGAGACGCCAUGCGUACUGUGGAGAAGGAGAGAGAAAGGCUGGAGAAGGACAGAGAAAAGCUGGAGCAGCUGGAGAAGAAGUUUAAGAAGAAUGAGAAUGUACCAAACAUUGCAACCUUUCCAAUGGAGAAAGAACUGACACAGAUACCUCCACCUUACCCCUUAUUGAAAGUGGUUAAUCCUGGCUUCGACGAGAGGCCACCUCUGGUACCACCGCGCAGGGAGAGCAUCGCCAACCUUUCCGUUAAACCCGAAGUGCCCAUCCACCUCAUUAGCACCACCAACCAAUCCCAGAAAGCUGGCUCCGUCCAACAGACGAUUCCCACCAAGCUGGCUGCCCAUCCUAAAAGCAAGGACAAGCACAGCAAGCAGAAGAGCUCCCACCAGCGCACCAAAAGUGCAGCUGGCAUAGAGGUGUCUCAGAUACUUCCUAUCAAAGUUACAGGAAAGGAAGGAGGCAGUUUAAGAGCCAUGAGAUCCAACAGUCCACACCAGCUCCGUCCAGAUAUGUUUAUCCCUCCAGAGAAGUUAUCAGGCUCCGUACCCUCUAAUUCAGGAAAUGGCAUCAGGAAACGCAACCACAGCCACAAUCAUAACACUCUCAGCACCCAGCCAGUACACCCUAAAGCCAAAGACAAAACAACUGCAGAAGACAUACUUUUCUUCUAAUAACCCUGUGCAACCAGCAAAAGUACAACAUUGUUGCAGAGUGAUUGUUAUUUCUCUAACUUGGCAUGCAUUGAUGUAAGUGCAUUUUUCACAGAAAUGAAAUCAUGCAGAUUUUAGUUAUAAUUCUGAUUUAAAAAAAAUUAAUUCACAGGCCUCUUACAUGAUCUUUGUCUUAAUGAUUUGUCGUGCAUGUAAAUAGCUGUUUUUAGUUAUUUAUUUUGAUUUUAAUUCAGGGAUGUUUGGCCCCACAUCUGUUAGACUGGAAAGUCUUAGUGCUCUUUCUGGACUCUUUAUAGGAGUCAUGUAAUCAAGAGCUUUUCUCAAAAAAAGUGUAGACCUAUUUAAUGUAUGGAAUACAGGUUUAGCUUAAAGUGUAAGUUUCCUUUUGGAGUUUCUCUCUGGUUUCUGCACAGAUCGACGGGUCUUCUACAUUGUUUUGCUUUUGUUAACUGGAAAAUGUUAUGAUGAGUGUUUUAGAAAAGAAAAAUUCCUUGUUUUUUUUUAAUGAUUGGGGAACAUGCUCAUCAUUGCUAAAUGUCAAAGGUACCACUGCUUAUUUCUUUAGUUUUGUCUAAUUUCAAGUUAUACUGUAUGUAGCUGGACCACAAUUUUGAUCAUUGUUGAAUAUUUUAUACAUUGUUUUACUCUGAGAAAAUACAUAUUGUCUUAAUUAGCAAUAUGCAUUGUAAAUAGUGCAGAACAAAUGCAGCUUAUUCUUUGUUCUCCCAAAAGAGAACUUGCACUUUUAAGUGCUUGUUAUUUGCUCUGUUACAUGAACAAACAUAAAACGUGUGCUGAUCGGUUU